AUGGCUAAUGGAAGCUGUCUGUCGAUACUUGCUAAAACGACAAAUCUUCGAUAUACGAUUGCUUUGAAAACCAAGUUCAAAAAUUUUCCAGUUUCGAACUUUUCGGUAUAUCAUUAUAUGAAAAAGAUACGUCAGUUUUUGAUAAAAAGAAUAUCACAAAAAGUAAAAGAUAAGUUUAUUGUUGAAAAUGUGUUAGUUGUUGCUUUCGUAAAAUGUAAUACAAAAGUGACGAAAUCAGCUGAGUUCUCUGUUUACUUAAAUAUUUUCUUUUACAACUAUGUUAAUCGCCAAAAGCUCGAAGAUUCUUUGAUAACAUUUACAAACAGUUCAUUUGCAAUGAAUUUUCAUUACUUUAACAUCUGUAAUGUUCAACUGAUGCAAAAUCAGUUUGCGCUAUUCCUACCAUCCUUAUUGUGGAAAUCUAACUCAGAAAAUAACUGCUGGCUUUUUCCAGAGGAAUUGAAACAUGGUGAUCCUGUUUUCUGCAAUGUUUUUGUUGAUUCUUUUUUAACGUGUCCUCAAAUACUUAUUAAAGGCAAUGCAUUUGGAGUCACGUGGGAAAAUAUCAAAACCAGUUUUUCGUUCGAAGGACUAUCUUUGAAUUUUCAUCAGUUCAAUAAUUUCGACGGUAAUGGAAAGAGAGUCUGUGUUCGAGACAUUCAACAUUACUUUAAACAUUAUCAAAUUUUUCAAAUGGAAGAUCUUGGUAAGAUACUAUUAACGAUCCUAACCAUCGUUUGCAUAGGAAUUUCUCUAGUAUGUUUAGUGUUAACAUUUGCAACUUAUAUGACCUUCCCGAGCCUAAGGACUAUUCCUGGACUAAACAACGUGUUUCUUAUAAUCUCUUUAUUUACGGCACAAAUAAUGCUUCUAAUUCGACAAUUAUCCACUCAAGAGGAUUACAGUACACUGACCAUUGUUGUUUCGGCUUUAACUCAUUUCUCAUGGCUGUCCACCUUUUUUUGGCUCCAAGUUUGUUCUUAUCACAUGUUUGUAGUGUUUACCUCCAAACUAGGAAAGGAUUCCCGAAAAGAUAGCCCAGAUAAAACUGUUGUCAAGUAUGCAGUGUAUGCUUAUGGUGCGUCUUUAGCUAUCGUAUUGCUAAAUAUGGUUAUAUCUCUCAUCACAACUUCUGGAAGAGAUACAGGAUACGACAAAAUUUCUACAUUGUUUACAUACAAAAUUGCUUACAUUGUGACUCUUAUUGCUCCUUUAGUAUAUGUUUGUGCGACUAAUAUGAUAUUUUAUAUUGGAACCAUAUACAAAAUAAAAUCAUGCCCACAGGUUGAUAACACAUCAGGUAAUAGGGUCCACUUUGCAGUGUAUAUCAAACUGUUUUCGCUUACAGGUCUUACAUGGAUCUUGCAAAUUAUUGAUGCGUUUCUUGUCGUUUCGGUCCUUUCGUAUUUCGUGGCUGUUUUGAACGGCUUACAGGGAUUGUUUAUCUUUAUUAGUUAUGUGUGUAAUAUCAGAGUUAUGAAAAUGUGGAGAAAAAUUUGUUCGCCUUCACUAUUUAGACCAACUCAUUCACAACUUACGUCAGAUAAAUCUGAAACUACAUCACUUUAAAAUUCUAGUCUCGAAUUAGAGUAGUUAUUUAAUGUUGUCUUUUCGUCUUGUGAAAAAUAGAUUGAGGGGUUAUGAUUUAAAAGUGGUUUGUCUGGUGUUUUUGUUUUAGUUUUUAGUAAAAGUGUACACUAUAUGUAUGUUCAAUAACACAAUCAUAAAUCUUUUGACUUUACAUUACUUUGUAAAUCAAUUUCAAUUGGUAUAGCAUACUCGUCCUUUUUUGCAUCUGUACAUUGAAUGAAAAAAUUGGUUGAAAUGAUAUUAUAAAACUAAAAUAUUUUAAUAAAUGGUAAUCGAUCUUUAUUUGAUUUUAAUUCGAAUUUAAUUAGCUUUCCUUGAUAUGUCCAUACAUUGCACUUUGUACAGCUACAUGGUUUAACCAAAUAUAUUUGUAUCGUCCAGGUAAUUAUUUUUGCAUUUUGCCUCGUAUAGGUAUAAAUGUUAAAAUCAAAAACAAUCAAAAGUGCUUCGACCAUAUUUUAGUAGAUAAUAUAGAUACUCCGCAUUUUAUUUUUUAUUUAGAAGUCCUACUUUUAUGUUUUACUCAUUUAUUUUGAAGAUCAUAUAAUUUUCGAGGGAACGACUUUUAUUUCGUGGAAACGACUUAUAUUUUGUGACCAUGACUUUUAUUUCGUAGUCAUGAAUUUAAAAAAAUCUCAAGCAUAUGUCCACCGUAGAACUUAAAUUGCUUUCAAUGGGGAAAAAAUAAACGCUGUAGUUUGGCAACAAAGAUAAUAUAAAUGAAAACUGGAGGUAAAUUGUUACUCGCAUUUAAAAAUUGCUGUACAAUAAUAUUUCAACAAGAAUAGACACGAAAUAGUGAAAUUAAGGAAAAAUUGGAAAAUCUUAAAAUCGAACCGAUCCCGCUUGUAAUUAAACAAAUCCCGAACGAACUCAUAUAAAGUUAGAAUGUAUCACAAGUUUACACAAUUUUCAGGUUGUAUAGCUGUAAAAUGGUUAAGUCGUUUAUUGACUUUAUAAUUCAUAACAAUUACCCAGAAAAAACUGCAGAAUUUUUGUAAAAUUCUAAUUGGGAUCAGUUUUUUUUCAAUCAGGAAUUAGUUGAAAUUUGAUAAAUAGCAAUUUUCCAAGAUUUCGCAUUUUCGUUUCAAUUUCUCAGUAAAAUGUCAUUGUUUAGUAAGAACUUUACGUGAUUAUGUGCUAUUCGUUGAUUUUUAUCCAUAGAGUAAAAAAAUAUUAGGGAAUUACACUUUUGAUUUUCAGAAAAAAAAUUUCAUUAAAAAAUCAAAUAUUUGACCAAACAGUCUUUGGCGUGUAUUUAUUCAUAAUUAUAUAACACAUUAAUUGACAACAAGUUUUAAGAUCUAAAAUACCUCUUGUCCUCAAAACAGUUUUUCCUAUUUCGCUGAAAAAAUACAAAAAUCAUAUAAGAUAAUAGAAAGCCGAUAUUGAUCUCUGUUUUGUGGAAUCAUAUUUCAAAAAAAGAUUCUCUGUCAAUCCAUCAAAUGAAUUUUUUUGUGUUAAGGAACUUUUAUUAAUUCCAUAAAAAUGAACAUUUGCUAAAAGAUCAAAAUAUUGACCAAACUACUUAUUGGCAAUGACAGUAAACAUACAUGCAUUUAGUGUGGUACAUAUGAGUUUUAAUUGAACAGGAAUCUACUGAUGCAUCAUAUAUUCAAAAGAAUAUAGAAAUACUGAAGAUUAUUGUUUAGUUCAAUGCAUAACGCGGAUGAAACUUCAUUAAAACUAGGAACUGCAUAUUUUUAAAUAGAAAUCGGAGUUGUUGCAUGUCUAAUAUUAGUAGUAGCCGUCACAUAAGUUUUGUGAAGUAAAAUCUUUAUAGUUUCUUAAUAAACGGUUUAAAUGGGAAUCUCUGACCAGCUAACUAUACAGAGUACUAAUGUCAAGUAAUCUGUCGCUUCAAUUUCGUAGAAAUGUCUUUCAAUAUGGCGCAAUGAAGUUAAAAAGACUUGUGCCCAAAUCAACGAUAGAUAUUUGAUAAGUUUAAAGUAAAUUCUUUAUUUUGUAGAAAAAAAUUAAUAUUUUAGUGUUAAAAUGUGUGUUUAUUCCGUAAGGGUUGCCAACUAGACUACUUAGCUAAAAUAUUUGAUUAAAUGAUCAUUUUGUUCAAUCUGCGAAGAAAAUACUCACUAUUUCGGCCAUUUUUUCCAACUAGUAGCCGUAUAUUUUUCAAAUAGAAAUUUUUACCAGUAUCAGCCGUUUAGGUACUACAUGUGUUUUAUCCUUAAAAAUAAAUAUUAAGGAAGUUGUAGAACUAUACUUGUAAGUCAACGAUACUUACGAUAUUAUGUCUCAGUGAUUGUAUGUAUUUUGGUUGAUAUUCAAAUUACAAAAUCGAUGAUCAAAUAGAUAUGUUUAGACAUGCCAUAGGAAAUAUAUAUUUAGUAUUUUUACAGAUUUUCUUUUUGCUUAUGAGCCACUGAUCUGAAAUUAUAUGUAAUAUAUAUUAUGUACAUGUAAUUGGAAAGUGUGUUUUGAAGAGUUGUCAACUAAAAUACUGGAUUCAUUAAAAAAGUUUAAAAAUCUCCCACCUGAAGUUAUUGUAUUUUGAAUAUUUUUUGAUUUGUUUUUUCGAUUGCAACUGUGAUGUAUUUUCGUUUUGCGAUAUUUUGUUUUCAUAACAAAUGAUUCUUUUCCUUUUGAUUUGCAAUGAAGAUUAUUUUUUUACAAUCAUAUAGGGGUUUGCUAAUUUUCUCGUUUUUGACGAUAUAGAAUUACCAAUAACGAUUUCGCAAUAUGUCAAUAAUUUCAUUUUAGAUAUUUAAGGAACAUGGUCACGAUUUGGGUCAAAUUCUAUUUUUCUGUUUUCAUUAUUUACAAUGCUUAAGGAAAGCAUUUCUACUGAUCUAAUGAUAUUUGAGGGUCCGUUGUAAAGUUAUAAGCAAGACACAGGGCUCACAAUUCUUUGUCAUGUAAACAAGGCUCGUGCCCGGUUGUUGAUUACAUAGGUUCAAUAUACCAAUA